AAAUAUCUUAAUUGACAGUGACACUGAUUGCCUGUUUGAUGGUGUUAACUAGAAAAACGCUACAUGAAGGUACACAUCGAAAGUUUAAGUAGUCUAUGGACAUUGUAUCCUGACAUAUGUGCAAUGUAUCAGCCACACUGCUACAAAAGAAAUCAGUAGAUUAUCUGAACAGUAAUAAAGACUCACUAAACGUCUGUGAAAUCACAACUGAGUGACAGGUACUUCCUGAAGAUGAUGGGAACAAUGUCAGUAAAAGCUACAUGUAAGUCCUCAAAAAAACAAAAAAACAAAACCAGAAGCAGAACCUUUUUUUGGGCUUUAUCAAGUACUCGCUUAAUUGUUAGCUGUUUACCAAAGAAGAAUGAAUGACAAUUUGACAGCCUCUUCCUGUAUGUGAUGAGAUUUUAAUUAUACCAACAGCCACACUGUCAUAUAGGCCUUAUACAAUGUGUAGAACAAGAAUAUAAUGAGGCACCGUAUUUCCACAGCUCACAUUACCUUUGAUUUGCAGUGGUUUGAGUGACUAAUUCAGGCUGUACAUAUUUUAUCAACUUCGAAAAUGCAAUUUGGAUCUCAUGCCAUGGGUUACAAGAUUGACUAGGAGCUGAAAAGAAGUGCUAUUUACAGUUCUUCAGUACUGUCCUCAAAACCGUUACUGCUACAGUUGAAUACAAGUUAUUCCAUCUGAGUUUCUUCAUCUGUCUCUUGUCGAUUACAUUUACUGUUUCAUACGUGUAAAUCCUCCUACACAAGAAAAACAGGAAAACAACUGACUUGAAACUGACUUUUAGUUUUGUUGACAACUCAAAUCAACAAUGGUAAGCAGCGUAAGUGCAGACACCACUGCAAAUACUGCAAUGGAGGGAGAUAUUACGUCAAACUCAGAAAAAUCUUUGGAGAUUUUUGUUGGUAUUUUUUUGACCAUAGUAGUACUGCUGAAUUUUUUGCUGAAUCCACUGAUGUUGUGCGUCUUGUAUCGAGUCACUACUAUUCAGACAACCACCAAGAUUUUCAUGGCUUCUCUGACAGUGUCUGACAUAUGUUCAGGAAUACUCUGGUUUAUUAGAGUGCCAGGAUUGUUUGCUGGUAAUUGGCUGUUGGGGGAAUUUCUCUGUUCAGCGUCAGGUGUCAUUGGAUAUACAUUUCAAGUCAUGAGUUUUCUUUCACUUGUACUUCUAACUGUGGAUCGUUAUAUUGCAAUUUGUCGUCCUCUACGCUACCCUACACUUAUGACAGUUCUCAGAUCAAAGAUUCUCGUCUCUGCUACAUGGACAAUAACUGUGAUACUCGGUAUUCUGAUUUAUGGGAGUUAUGAUCAAAGAAGGAUCCAACAAGAUGGGUCUCAUCAUCUUUGCUCAUGGAGAUUAAACAACUGGAGAGCAUACAUUGCUCUUACUUCAAUCUUUCUUGCACUAAUUACAAUAUGUAUUCUGUAUGUACGUAUUUCCCUCAUAGCUCGCAAUCAAGCCAGACGCAUUGCUGCUGAAAACCAAGCAGGCAAUGGUCAAGGUGGACAGAGAAUAAACACCAGAUCAACCACCACCAUCAUCAUCAUAACAGGGACUUUAAUCAUCACCUGGAUUCCAUCUGUAAUCCUGUAUGUCAUCUCACUUGCAGCAACUUCUUCCACCUACACCAUCUAUUUACUAACCUACUUUGUUAACACCUGUGUCUUGUCAAAUACUUGGCUUAAUGUCAUUAUUUAUUACUUAAGGAACAGGGAUCUUCGUCAGACAUUACGUGCCUUACUAUCGGAUUGGUGUCACAGGUUGUUUCAUACAUUACAUGUACAUGUAUAGAGACAUAUUAAUGUUCUUAAAAUCUUUGAAUUGUCGAAAUUCAUCAUUAAUUUUCUGCUACGUGUUAAUGAAUGUACCAUUUGUAAACUAACAUGUGAUUCAUUUUUGUUGUUAAUUUAA